AUGUUCAAAAAUAAGUACGAUUUCAUAACUGUUUUAGGAAUUGCCAUCGGCAGCCUGUUGAACAGCGCUGGAUAUUUGGCAGCGUCCGUGAGAAGAAUAAUUGUGUCAGAGACAGCAGACGUUUCCAUUUCGAGGAUCUCUUGCCUGAUCCAAGCAGCGCACGUGAUGUUCUACCAAAUCGGCAUGGUGAUGCUGUUUCUGUCUUUGCUGACCCUGUGCGGUGACCGGCUGAUUUCGGUGCUGACCGUUCGCUGGGCACGAAUGAUCAGUGCGGCGGUGGCUCUGCGAGUUUUGGUGCUCAAUAUUCUCAUAGCUUGUAUGUGGUACCUGGUGACGUUCGUGUCGGCGUUCACGUUGCGCAAUCAAAUGAUCAGCGCCAAAUGCUUCCAUGCUGAGACCAUCGGGUACGCGGCUUUCCAGGGAUUCCUGCUUUUCCCCGUCAUGGCAAGCGGCAUCAUCGUCGUGUGCCAUGUCGUGUUAUUAAUUGUGAUCGUCAAGAGGAGAAACGACGAGAAUCUGAGCGACAGUAAUCAACGCGUUGCGGCCAUCGUGCCUCGCCACGUCAUGAUCGUCAACACGCUGCUGUUCCUGUUCCAGUUUCCUUGUUUAGUCAGCGGCCUGGUCAUCAGGCCAAAGUCGUACCAGGCGAUCGUCGCAAAGAACUACAUCUGGAUAUUUGCUGCUGCCUGUUGUUCGGUGUUCCCCACCUCGCAUUGUUGGUUUACUCCAGAGCUGAAAUCCGCUUUCGUGAAAAAGUUUUUCUCCUUCAGAAGUUACGCUACCGUUCAUACCAUCAGCUGA